AAAGGCCUGUGGGGGGCAUCAGCGUGAGUAGGCGGGGCAUCAGCGUGAGUAGGCGGGGCGUGUUCCGCACUCCUCCCCUCCACCUUAAAUAGCGCGGGCUAAGGGAAGAGCGCGUAGAAGUGAGGUGGAUUAGUUUAGGAACAUGCAUUCUCUGCCGGAUGUAAAGUCUUCCCCAGACAUGGACAGUGUCUCCAGCCAAGACUCCCUCUACCUGCCCAACACUGUUGGUGCCUCCCUGGAAGACCAAGAUCUAUGGUCCCAGUUCCACCAGGAGGGGACAGAGAUGAUCAUCACCAAAUCUGGAAGGAGGAUGUUUCCUCAGUGUAAGAUCCGUCUCUUCGGUCUUCAUCCUUAUGCCAAGUACAUGCUGCUGGUGGACUUUGUUCCUCUGGACAACUUUAGGUAUAAGUGGAAUAAGAACCAGUGGGAAGCAGCAGGUAAAGCAGAACCUCACCCACCCUGCAGGACGUAUGUCCACCCAGAUUCACCUGCUCCUGGUGCCCACUGGAUGAAGGAUCCGAUCUGCUUUCAGAAGCUCAAACUCACCAACAACACAUUGGAUCAACAAGGCCAUAUUAUCUUGCAUUCAAUGCAUCGCUACAAGCCCAGGUUCCAUGUAGUUCAGUCUGAUGACAUGUACAAUUCUCCAUGGGGAUUGGUACAAGUGUUUAGCUUCCCAGAGACAGAGUUUACUUCAGUGACUGCCUACCAGAAUGAAAAGAUUACUAAACUGAAAAUUAAUCACAACCCAUUUGCUAAAGGAUUCCGGGAGCAGGAAAGGAGUCACAAGAGGGAUGAUGUUUUAAAGAUUCUACAACAAAGUCCUAGUAAAAGGCAGAAGAGGAAGAAGUGGGAGGACAGUCCUGAGGCUGAUAUUUCAGAUUUCCCCAAGGCUAUAUGUGUGAAGGAGGAAUCCAUUAUGGACCCAGCAGGAGUUUAUCAGAACUGGGUUUCAGAUCACGAGGCUAACCAAGGCUUGACACCCCACUCCCCUGAGUCUGAGGGUGCCAAUCAGGAGCAGCAAGUCCCCACAUCUUCCUCCAACUUCUACAACAAGAGCCAUUAUCGAAGGAGUUCCCAACAUCUCUCCUCGCCAUUUGAAUUGGGAGAGCCCUCUAGCAGACGUCUUACCCCUGACAUUGCUACAGUGCCGGAUUCCGAUCCAGAUUCUUUAGCAGUGUUUCAUGUCAUUCCAACACAGAAUUCUGCUCCAGAACGCACAUGUUCUAUGAACUUUUCCAUGGAAGCUCCAAUGAAACAGCCCCUCCGGGGUGCCAUGUACAGCCCUUAUGGAGCAGAUCAGUGGUUGGUUCCAGCUCAAGGUCAAUAUCGACCUGUGGGCUAUACUGCAUACCCAACAGACUUAAGCACACAAGGAGCAGUAGCUCACCCACAUAGUGCGAUGUCAGACUGGAGCCAAUACUCUCUCUUCCCCUACAGCUGUUGGUAAAUGGGUUAAGGGAAAUGUGUAUCCACAGUCCUUACCCAUCCAUGCCAAUACCUCAGUCCUGAUUUCUUGUUGGGGGGGGGGGAGCGGGCUGUGUGGUUUUGCAUCUCUGAGGCUUCAGGACCUCCUUAAAAACCCUGCAUUGGGAGGUUGCAUGGAGAGGUUUGAUUACAAUAUUUGUUGGACUAAAAGGUGUCACUUUAUCAGCACAAACAGUAGGUUGCCCCUGUGCUUGUGAUCAGGGGAAUCUCUACCUGUACUUGAACUAAAUGUAUUUAUUUUAAAGAUUAGCAAGUAAAUGUGAGAAACCGUGGGGGGGUGCGUUAAAGCAGAUCUCCAGAAGAGAACCCGGGAAAGCAGUUAUGGAUUUAUAGAACAAAGUAAUGGGGCCAUGAACAGAAGCAGUUUUCUCUUGACUUUAAGUGGUGGUACAGCCAUCUAACUCUCCAUUUUCUUAAUGUCCCCAAUUAUUGCCUUUCACUCAAUUAUACUAUGGUCUGUUUUGUUUUUUGUUUUUUUAAACUAUAAUUUUGAUUACAGUUUUGCACCUUACAUUUUCCAGGGUGGUGGUUUGCAGCACUAAUCUGUGACAGUGUGUACAGCAGGUGUUUGUGCUUUUGUGCACUGCUCGGGAAAUGUGUGUGUAUUUGGGGGGAGUGUGUGUUCACUAAAGAUUGUACUGCUGACUAUGAGACUAACGCUGUGCAAUAUUCACAGGGAUAGGCAAAAUUUGGUGUUCCAUCUAAAGCAAAGCUACAGCUUCCAGUAUUGCCUCUAGAUGAGAGCGCUACUUCUGCAAUAGCAGGGUCACCAAAGGCUGCCUAACUCUGCAUAUUUUCACAUUAGCAUAACCUCUGGCAAUGAUUGGGACAAUUGACUCCAAAAGUGGGGUAAACAUGUAACAAAUAUUAAUCCUUGCAUUCUGUGAUUAGUUAAAUAAACAUGGGAUGGUUUGUUUGCUCUUUGUUCUACAGAUUCAGUAGCAGCUCAGCAGUUAAAGGGUUUGUGUAAUUGCUUGUAAAGCUAGGUUUUGUGGGAGGGCUGCAGGCAGAACAGUAUGUAUUCUGUAUAGAACACAUCUGUAAAUAGAUUUUAUUUAAGAAUUGUUUUUGACUAUGAAAUGUGUUUUAAUGUGACUUUUAUUUAAUGGCAUGAACUGAGGAAGGAAACAAUGAAGUGUCAUUUGUUUUGUCUCCAUCUGGUUAUACACCUUCAAUAAAUGUUUUCCUUAUUUCA